UUUGUUCUAACUCUCAAAAUGGCUAAGACGAAUAAGGGUCCGAAAGCGAACGUAUCGUGGGUGAAACCAGCAGAACCGUCAUUUUUAAAGAAAUUCAAGAACGAUGUUGGCUUUAAGGAAGGACCCACCAUUGAUACCAAGCGUUUAGAGAUGCCAGCCUUGGAGGAUGACAGUGGCAGUGAUCGUGAAGAUGAGCUGCCUCAAGUUGUCAUUCUCAAAAAGGGAGAUUUGAGCGCCGAAGAAGUGUUGCAGAUAAAAGAGGUAAAGGAUGGUACAGAUAAAGAAGACAAGCCUCCUGCGGACGGAAAGAUCCUGUUCAAGAAGCCCACGAAGCGCUCCUCCGACAAGUUCCAGGGCAUCACCGCCAGCUCUAACAACAACAACAACAAGAAGAAGAAGAAGAGUGAAGGAGGAGAUGAAGAGAAAAAGGAGGAGAAGUCUGAAAAGAAGGUGAAGAACAAGAGUCUUCUCUCUUUCGGAGAGGAUGAGGAUGAGGACUAGAAGUUAAUUCACCGCAGGGAUUUCAGACUAGAGCAAUCAACCGCUUAUGGAUGAUGGAACUGAUCUACUGCGGUUGUUGGUUUUUACUAUGGGCAAAAAGACCCAACAUAGAAUAGCUCCACAUCGUAGUUUGUCCCGCUAGACUAAGAUCCUUAGACAUUACGGGUCAUCCCCUCUUUUUUUGGAGGUGGAAUCUGGACGGAAUCUGGAUGUGAAACAAACCCCUUCAAAAUCACAUUCACGAUCAAAGAUCUUUUAUUUUACAUAAGAUGCAUGCUGUUAUUCUUUGUCGACUAUAAGACAUGUCUCUGCUGUUGGAAAUGUUGUAUAGUGACUCACCGUGGGCCUAUUCUCCAUCCAUUACAACUGUAGUCAUCUGUCCUUCAGUGGAUCCUCUGCACUCUUUCAUAUAGCCAACACACAGUCUGGAUGGAAGGCUUCAUCAAGGUGUGUGACAACAGCUCCUAAAGGGGGAAGAAAUGAGCUGGUGGCUUUUGGUUUAAAAAAAAAAAUCUAUAUAGUCUGGAGCGUUGUGAUGUGAUACUUUUCUACAGUCAAUAAUUCAUUGGAUGUACAAAUAUGUUUUAGCUUCGACAACGGAGCAUCAAAAGAUGUCUUUAGUUAAACCACUGCGUUGAUUUGAUGCCGAGGUGUUGGAUUUUUCUGUGAUUGUAUUGUGCGUUUUUUUUUGUUAUGAUGGUGUUUAGUUGAAUAAGUUUGAAAUGUAACUAUUAAAAUACAUUAAGGCCUUUACAAUAGCAUAAUACAUCAUGUAUAGUAUGUUCUGUAGAAAGCAGGUCUGUAAAGUAGGUCAUUUUGCAAAAAUGUCUCUCAUUAGCAAAUACCUUUCCGGUUUUCACAAUAUGCAGAGAAAGGUCAGUGAAAAACAGAGAGAUAAUACAUUUUUAUUCCCAUAGAAAAAAAAGUGUUACUUUUACAUUUUAAGCCUUACGAGAACAUGUGGCCCUUCAAAUCCCAGAGGACUGAUUUUAGUUACCAGGAUGAUAAAUCCCAGAGGACUGAUUUAGUUACCAGGAUGAUAAAUCCCAGAGGACUGAUUUAGUUACCAGGAUGAUAAAUCCCAGAGGACUGAUUUAGUUACCAGGAUGAUAAAUCCCAGAGGACUGAUUUAGUUACCAGGAUGAUAAAUCCCAGAGGACUGAUUUAGUUACCAGGAUGAUAAAUCCCAGAGGACUGAUUUAGUUACCAGGAUGAUAAAUCACAGAGGACUGAUUUAGUUACCAGGAUGAUAAAUCCCAGAGGACUGAUUUAGUUACCAGGAUGAUAAAUCCCAGAGGACUGAUUUAGUUACUAGGAUGAUAAAUCCCAGAGGACUGAUUUAGUUACCAGGAUGAUAAAUCCCAGAGGACUGAUUUAGUUACCAGGAUGAUAAAUCCCAGAGGACUGAUUUAGUUACCAGGAUGAUAAAUCCCAGAGGACUGAUUUAGUUACCAGGAUGAUAAAUCCCAGAGGACUGAUUUAGUUACCAGGAUGAUAAAUCCCAGAGGACUGAUUUAGUUACUAGGAUGAUAAAUCCCAGAGGACUGAUUUUAAUUACCUCGGUAGUUAAACUGAUAAGAUGGAUGACUUGAGGUUACAAUCACAAGCAAAAAAAUAAAAAAUAUCAAGAAACCUUCGUACGCCACACCCCAUAACCUUUGGCUGUAACACGUUGGUCUGUCUCAUCAUCUACUGAAUGCUGAUCAUUCAUAAGUAGACUGACUACAUACUGUAUGUAAAUCCACUUCGAUUGUAGUGGAACAUUCAUAUAGGCCUAGUCCCCUGGCAACCUGGUAACCGGGCAACCUGGUUCAUUGGUUGCUCUUGCCAACUCCGUUGCUGUCAUUGCCAUGACAAUGAUUUGGUAUGACGCCAUAAACAGACUGGCACUCGAGACUAAAUCCCUGGCGGUAGAACCCAUAAAGGCAUCUUGAUCAUAAAUCGACCCACAAAACCUGACGUUAGUUAAACCACAUUAGAUGAUAUAGGGAAACAAAUUAAACCCUUUUUUAAUAAUGGUAUAAAAAAAUAUUAAAACACACAUUGAAAUGCCUACAUACCCGCCUGAAUGCAGUAGGGUACAGGUACUAUACAUACACUAUUGUUUUAGACUCUUGCCAUUCACAAAUGGUAUCUGUCAAUCACUACACACUUAGAAUUAGUGGUGACUCGAGGAACCCUGGAGUUCCUCAAGGAGCUAUGCAUAUCCCAAAGUUGGAAUAGUUUCCGCAUGUAAUCAACCAUGUUAAUAUUAUUAUAUUACAAUAUGUAAUAUGCAUAAAUAUUCAAGGAACAUUUUAAAUUGCAGUGUACAAACUUAACAUGAACAGGAAUGACAUUUACGCUAAACGGGUGACCAAAAAUAACUAUCUGAAAGCCACGCCUCCAAUAAGCCACGCCGUUCAAUCUGAUAGGCUGCCACCUUUACAAUAUAUAAUUAAAAAGGGUAAAAAAAAAAAAAGAA